AUGAAAAUAAUCAAUUGCAUUUUCAUUUUCUUCCUCUUGCUUCAAUAUCAAUUCUUCUCACUGGGUUCUGCAGAUGUUGUUACAGUACCUCCAUUUAUAAUAAGUAAAAAAUCUAUUUUGAAAUAUUUAUCCUUAGAGAACAUCAACUUUGAUGUGCCAGCUUUAUACGUAUUUGGAGACUCUUAUGUUGAUGCGGGAAAUAAUAAUUAUGUUCAUGUCCCGCAAAUUGAAAGAAAUUAUACUCCAUAUGGAAUAGAUUUUGGUGGAAAACCUACGGGUCGUUACACCAACGGAAGAACAGUAGCGGAUUUCAUUGCUCAAAUUGUUGGCUUGCCAUUCCCUCCUCCUGUGCUAAGCUUGUCUAAGGGAGACAAGAGAAUUCCUCAAACUGGUAUAAAUUAUGCUUGCGGUUUCACUGGCAUCCUUGAAAAUUUUGGAAAACUGUUUGUAAGACACCCUAAUUUGCAUAAUUUUUUCUUUCAUAUUAUUUGUUUCUUGAAGGAGCAAGUAGAUUUGUUCGAGAGCACAACAAAAGGGUUGCAGAGUCAAUUUCAAAGCAAGGAAAGUUUUUCUAGAUACUUGUCAAAAUCACUUUUUUUUAUCAAUAGUGUUGCGUAUGACUUGGAUAUCGAGUGGGAUGGAUUGCGCUAUUUCUAUGAUGAGAACUAUUAUACUCAACUUCUCAUAAAAGACUUAUCCAAGCAUUUACAGAGAUUAUAUCAGCUUGGUGCACGUAAAAUUGUGGUGAAUAAUGCAUCUCCAAUAGGAUGUCAGCCGCAUCUAAUAAGUGGAGGUAGGAAUGGACCAGAAUGCGACUACUUAGCCAACAACCGGGCAUUGUUAUUUAACAAACGCCUGACUAAUUUAUUAAAAGACUUGCAAUCCACCCUUUCGGGAUCAAAAUUUGUUCUUGGAGAUCUAUAUAAAAUUUUUCAAGAUGUCUAUGCAUCGCCUACCUGGUAUGGAUUUACCGAUGUAAGGAGCAGUUGUUGUACUGAAAUAGAUAAAGGUUUAACUAAACCAUGUCUUGCAAAUGUAGCACCAUGCAAAGACAGAAGUAGCCAUGUUUUCUUCGACCCAAUGCACCCAAGCGAGAGUAUGCAUUUCAUAUGGGCAAGGCGUCUCUUAAAGGAUUCAUCAGUUUCUUCUCCCAUCAACUUGAUUCAGCUAAUACAAUCUUAAAUCUGACCAUGUGUCUUAUGCUUUCUUAAUGCCAACAUAACAGAAUAAAUUUCAUAGUAAGACUUGGCCCUUCAAUUUUUUUUUUCCUUUUUUCCUUUAAAGAGAAAGAAAUGCUUAAUUCAAUAAGAAGAAUUGCAUGUUGUCUUUCUUGGCAGUCCAUUGAUAAUAACAUAAAAGACCGCUUAGUUAUGUUAUUCAUGAACCAGAUCAGUAUACAUUAAUUGCUUUACCUUAAUUUUUAUUAAAAUAUCCAUUGUUGAGAAGUUCAGUCCGAGAAAGCAUAAAAAGCGUAAAAAGUGUUUACUUUUAAUUUUUUAUUAAAAAGUGUUGCAAGUCUCCUUGUUGACAAGACAGGCUGGGGAUUGGGUGAAGAAUUUCAGUGGGGUAUGAAGACUUUAAAGUGUCAAACCAGUCAUUUGGUUUUCAGAUUGAAGAGUAGAUAGCUAAUUGGUUUGUUCAGAUGAUGCAGUUGUCUUUUUUCUUUUGGUUUUGUAACCUGUCAUGGUACAACUCCAUUGCUCUUUGU